AUGGUUGGUUUAUCGGAUUUCAUCGUGGGUGCUUGCCUUGUGCCGGCUGCCUACGGUGCUUUCUCUACAUCUGCCUCCAAGGCUUCUUCCCAUUCUGCUUCUACUUCUGCGUCCUCUACUUCGGCUGCUGCAUACUCCCAGUUUAGUUUGCCUGCUAAUGCGGAUGCUGGUGCCAACCUGAUUGCCAAUAUCGAUGAUCCUGAUGCUAUUAAUGCCCAGUCGGCCUGUCCUGGGUAUAAGGCAUCCAAUGUGAAGGAGUCUCCUAGGGGGUUGACCGCCACUCUGAAGUUGGCUGGCAAGGCAUGCAAUGCCUACGGUACGGAUGUGGACUCGCUGGACUUGUCGAUUGAGUACCUCGCCAAUGAUCGACUCAAUGUUCAAAUUGUCCCAACUUACAUCGAUUCGUCGAAUGCCUCUUGGUUCUUGUUGGAUGAGAAUACCGUCCCUCGAGCCAAGUCGGAUGAGCAUGCUUCAAAGAAGGAUAGCGAUCUUGAGAUCACUUGGUCUAAUGAGCCUUCCUUCCAGUUCAAGGUUACCCGCAAAGCUACUGGUGAUGCCAUAUUUGAUACCACCGGCUCGCGCUUGGUGUUUGAGGAUCAGUUUAUUGAGUUUGUGACCUCCUUGCCCAAAGACUACAAUCUUUACGGUAUUGGAGAGCAUCUUCAGCAGCUGCGCCUCUUGGACAACCUCACCUUGACUCUCUAUGCGUCGGACCAGGGUGACCCAAUCGACGACAAUGUGUAUGGGUCUCAUCCUUUCUAUCUCGACACCCGCUACUACGAGGUCAAUGAUAACGGCGACCAUACCCUGGUUGCAAGUGCCAAGGCUGAUCAGUCUAAAGACUAUGUCUCCUACUCGCAUGGUGUCUUUUCACGAAACGCUCAUGGCCAGGAAGUAAUCAUGCAGCCCGAGGGAUUCAAGUGGCGCACUCUGGGAGGGAGCAUCGAUCUCACCUUCUACUCGGGACCUACCCAGGCCGAUGUCACCAAGAACUACCAACUGAGCACCAUUGGACUGCCUGCAUUGCAGCAGUACUUUACUCUUGGUUUCCACCAGUGUCGCUGGGGAUACAAGAACUGGACGGCUCUUGAAACUGUCGUUUCAAACUUCGAGAAGUUUGAAAUCCCGCUUGAGACUAUCUGGAACGACAUUGAUUAUAUGCAUGCCUACCGUGACUUCGAAAAUGAUAAGGACCGCUACUCCUACAGUGAGGGUGAAGAGUUCCUUAACAAGCUGCACAAUAGUGGCCGUCAUUACGUUCCUAUUAUCGACUCCGCCAUCUACAUACCGAAUCCUAACAACGAAUCUGAUGCCUACGAGACCUAUACUCGCGGUCACAAGGGCAAUGUCUUUUUGAAGAACCCCGAUGGAAGUGAAUACAUUGGAGCUGUCUGGCCCGGAUAUACAGUUUUCCCUGACUGGCAUAACCCUAACACAAGCGAUUUCUGGACGAACGAGAUUGUAGCUUACCAGAAGAAGAUUGCACUCGACGGUAUCUGGAUUGAUAUGAGCGAAGUCUCUUCUUUCUGUACUGGUAGCUGCGGAUCUGGCAAUCUCAGCCUAAACCCCGUCCACGGUACCUCCUUGCCCGGAGAGCCUGGCAAUGUGAUCUACGACUACCCUGAAGGAUUCGAAUUGACGAACAAGACUGAGGCUGCUUCCGCGUCGUCAGCAUCAUCUAGCCAAGCUGCAGCCGCGACAAGUGGCUCUGAGCCGUCUUCCAGCGUCUCCUACUUGCGAACUACACCCACUGCUGGUGUGCGCAACAUCAACUACCCGCCAUAUGUGCUCAACCACGACCAGACCGGUCAUGACCUGGCCGUCCACGCCGUGUCUCCCAAUGCCACUCAUUCCGAUGGGGUCCAGGAAUACGACGUGCACAACCUCUUCGGCCACCAAAUCCUCAACGCCACCUACAACGGUCUGAGAGCAGUCGACGAUCAGAAGCGCCCCUUUAUCAUCGGCCGCUCAACAUUCGCCGGCUCCGGCAAAUGGGCCGGUCACUGGGGCGGCGACAACUACUCCAAGUGGGCCUAUAUGUUCUUCUCAAUCCCACAAGCCCUCUCAUUCUCCCUCUUCGGAAUCCCAAUGUUCGGCGUCGACACCUGCGGCUUCAGCGGCAACAGCGACGAAGAACUCUGCAACCGUUGGAUGCAACUAUCUGCCUUCUUCCCCUUCUACCGAAACCACAACACGCUCUCAGCGAACUCGCAGGAACCCUAUGUCUGGGAAUCCGUCAUCGACGCCACAAAAACCGCCAUGAAUAUCCGCUACGCCAUCCUCCCUUACUUCUACACCCUCUUCCACGAAGCGCACACAACCGGUUCAACCGUCAUGCGCGCGCUAGCCUGGGAAUUCCCAACAGAUCCAUCCCUAGCCGCAGUCGACACCCAGUUCCUACUCGGUCCAUCAAUCAUGGUCGUCCCAGCCCUAGCACCCCAAGUCACCACCGUCAAAGGUGUUUUCCCGGGCAUCAAGCAUGGCGAAAUCUGGUACGACUGGUACACCCAAACCGCAGUCAACGCGGAACCAGGCGUAAAUACUACCAUCCCAGCCCCACUGGGCCACAUCCCCGUCUUUGUGCGCGGUGGCAGUGUCCUGCCCAUGCAAGAGCCCGCAUUGACCACCAAGGAAGCGCGGAACACGCCAUGGUCGCUCCUGACUGCGCUUUCUAGCAAUGGUACCGCGGCCGGUGAUUUGUAUAUCGAUGAUGGAGAGAGUGUUGAGCCUGAUGCUACGCUGAAUGUGGUUUUCAAGGCGCAGGCUUCGAGUUUGAGUGCUCGCGCUAAGGGGGACUGGAAGGAGUCGAAUCCUCUGGCUAAUGUUACUGUCCUGGGUGUGUCUGAGAAGCCUGGUUCUGUUACGCUUAACGGCAAGGCUGUCCCUGCUUCUUCUGUGCGGUACAAUGCCACGGCGCAUGUGUUGUCCGUUGGUGGGUUGGAGAAGUUUACGGAGGAGGGUGCUUUUAGUGAGAGCUGGGUGCUUAAGUGGUAG